ACCGUACCACAUUUUGUCGCAUCUUGUCAUCGAGUAGCAAAGUUGCCAUAGUUCACCUCCAAGACUCAGACCGACUCCACAGAUCUCAUUACAUUUUCCACCUCAGCACUCAUGGCUCCAACGCUAAGAACCAGGGGCAAUGCACAAGCCUCGAAGACUGUUGCUAGUACUGGAAGUAAGAGAAAACGAGGUGGAACUUCAGCUACACAUGCGGAUCCGGCACCAAAGAAAAGGAAAGGGAAGAAGGCACCGGACGCUGUUCCCGACAAACGAACAGCUUGCCAGAAAGCUGCUGAUGAUGAGGCAAUCAUCAAGGAGUUCCGCAUCAAGUUCCAUCCGAUGUUCUUCCCACCGCAUCCAGGCGAUGUCCCUGAAGAACAUCAGACGAAGUUCAAGCAUAUUCAGCAACUGGGCAGGAUGAGUUACGAGUCGUAUGCGAUACAACCUCGACCUGACACCAUCGAUAAGCCAUGGGAGCUCGAGAACAAGAAGCGGGCUAAGCAGAUGAUCUACUGGGCUGUUCGAUCGAGAGAUGAUUACCAGAACGAGGAUAGCUGGAGAAUGGAACUUGAGCCCUACGUCUUUGAACGUUUCAAGAUCGAAGUUGGAUGCCAGGGGUGUCGGAGACGUCUGUGGGAAUCCUGCAUCCAGGUGGAUCCGAAACACAGUAAUAGUCGAACGACGUCUCUCGUCGAGCGUCAGAAACGUCGUUCAGUAUGCUCGUGUGAGCCAUUGGCCAAACAGCAUAGCAUUUUGAGUACAGGACUGACAGAUAUCUUCACCUGUCGUAUUGGCGAGCGAAGCUUCAUCCAGAAUGAUCCGGAGAAUCGCCAUCGGACUGAGAUGCGGCCUGAUCGAAUCCACGGACUAAGGACUACAGAAGCCAUGGAAGAGAGCUUGCAGCAAUUACACGUUUCCCACUUGGGAGAGAACACUGCGCUCGGAUAUUUGUCUAAGAGACUGACUAUAAGCUGCAAUCCAGACAGUAGUGGACGACCCUGUAUAUAUCCUUUCCUAGCGAUCGAAGCCAAAAGCCACAAAGGCAAUAGCAAUUGGAAAGGCAUCGAGACGCAAACGGCAAUACCAAUACGAAAUCAUCUGUACCUACAGCUUCAACUCCAAGAGGACCCAGACAACAAGAUGAAGGUACCUGGAGGCCCGCUAUCUUGGUUUCUUUCGUACAAGGGUGAAGAGUGGAAGGUAUACGGGUGUUACGUCACAAAGUCCAGUCCAGACAGUCUGCCUUAUUACAAAGUAAUCCUCCUGUGGCAGGGGAGUAUCACCGGCCACGAUGCAGCACUCCAAUUGGUUCUCAUUAUGGACUAUAUCGUUGAUUGGGCGCGUGAUAUCUACCCGCCUAAUAUCAUAAGACAACUGAAGUCUGUAGUAGACAAAGGUCAGCAGUCAUCCUACACAGUCACCGCAGACCCCGAUAUCCUCUCAAGGACUGGUUAUGCAAACUCUCGGGUUGGCGACGGACCUUUCGCUGCCAUCAGCAGAGUUGGAACGGCUGAGAUGUUUGCGAAACCAGCCUUCGAUGCAAAAAACUCCACCAUUGUGCCUUCUUUUGAACCUCUCUUCAAGAGCACUGGAGACCAUGUCGAUAUAAGGGUCUGGGAAAGCGCCAAGUACGAGUCACGAGUACGAGGACUGUAUAUCACCGGAACCGACGAUGAUGCUAAGAAAAACAUCAUGAAAGCGGGCUGGAAAAGAUUGAGAACGGUUCAUGCGAGCCGCUGUUGGUUCUUCUUAUCGAGCGCCCAGGGAAUCAAAAUCAUCGAACAGGCAUGGACCGGGCUCGAAGUCACCAAAGACGUCAAGGAUCUUCCACAGCAGAAAAUCUUGCUUUCACUUUAUGUGCGAUACCGCAAGGACAGUGACGGUGCGCCUAUUCGAGAACUGACGUAUAUUGCGCUCACUGAGUCAGUCGCCCAGGGCAUGUGGAUGAUGGACGACAUUUUAGCGCAGAAAGAGCUAGAUGUUCACGCCGACGAACUUGAGCACAAGCUGCGUGAAGCCUGGGCUUCGAGUCCCGAGAGCUACUUUCGGCGUUACGCCAGCGACCAGACUAACGUGCUUUGUGCCACCGCAUCUGAGCAAGAAAAACUGGAUGAGCGUGUCGUCCUCAGCUUCCACAGCGACAGCGAAGUCGUGCCCUGGGCAAGAAGACUAGAUGAAUUCAUCAAGCGCACUUGCGAGAACCCACGAGCGGUGCUUCACAAAACUUACGCACCAUGUUUUCGAUACACAAAGGCUAUCCAUUCGCUUACCGUGAAGCCCCAUUGUCUCCCAGACCCUACCCAGGACUGUGUUUUCAUAAACGCGGAAGCGAUUUCCACUGGUAUAUGCGCCUACAUCACGAAUUCAGCAUCUGAAGAAGUCGACGCUACAUGGGUAAUCCAACAUCUUGCGCAGAUGGUAGCGGUCUUUUGGGACAGCAGACGACAAGAGGAAGCUCGAGAAAACACCUUUUAUGAAAAAUUGCAACAUAGAGAAGCAGCCUUCUAUCCGGGACAACGAAAUGCCGACAAUGAUAUCCUACUCUGGAUCGUGUCAGAUCCUCAAUGGGACUUGUACACUGCGAUCAAGCCUACUUUGACAAUGCCUGGCAUGAACGAAGUCCAUGAACGUCUGGCAUGGUACCGCAAAGUGUUGCUCAGACACAAAUGUGGAUCAGGUACUUACAGAAUGAAUUCAUACCGGCAUCGCUACAGAAACGUUCAAGGGGAUAUUCGGAAAGCUUGCAAGAAUUGCGACUUCAAGGAGUCGUGGCGAUCUGACGCCCCUGAAUAUCAUUACUGCGACGAAGACUUCAUGCCAGAAUAGCUUCCUUAGAGUAGUUUCAGACAGUCACAUGUAAACUCAUCUUCAUCACCACAUGUCGAACUUGUAAGCUCUAAGAGGUAUUAUCAAUAUAGUAGAUAACCACCCACUCCCCAUUUUAGACGCAACAGGCAACAUGAAAGUAAAGUCCACAGUGUGAAGCUCAGAUGAGAGAUCAACCGUAAAGUCCCAAUCCAUCUAGCUGUAUACAAGAAGCAACAUAAACAAGGAGCGCAUGUAGGAAACAUGUCCACUCCGCUUGCGGAGGUUUGCUCAAUACAAACGCAUCUUAAUCGCACGCUGCUAACCCAGCGCUGGGAAAGAGGGAAUAUGCAGCCUACAUCCCACCACAAAAAGAUAGAUACAUAGAACAAAGUGUCUCUUGGAUACUACAGCUCAUGGAGCCGAGAUGCAAGACACAGGCAGGACCGACAAGAACUUGGUGGGAGAGUCAUCACGAUAGACGAUGAGGUGACUGUAACGUUCGACAUGAUAC